AUGGAGAACGCACAGUGGAGUGGCGGGCUCCCCCUUGAAACCGAAAAUGCUCGCUUACUUCAUGAUGGACAAUGCACUUAUGGACAAAAUGUGUUUCGAUUAAUGCUGUUUGAGAAUGAGGCGCCUAGCUCGUUUACGUCGAUGAUCAAUGGCGCGCUAGCUUGUUCAAAUUUGCGUAGGCAUGAUGGUUUGCGGCUUGGUAAGCAACUGCAUGCGUAUGGUUUAAGAACAGGAAUUUGGAGAGCGUAUACCAUCAAUGCUUUCAUGGUUAAUGCUUUGGUUGACAUGUAUUGCAACUGUCAACAAAUUGAAAGUGGUCGCCGAGUUUUUGAUGGUAUCUUAGAGCGGAGCAUUGCACUUUUUAAUGCUAUGGUUACUGGUUAUGCAAAAAAUGAGCAUGACGAGAAGGCCUUGGAACCUUCCUGUCUCUUCUCUCGUGCACAGGAUGUAAAUUUUGCAAUGGAAGCCUCAAGGAAAUCACGGUUUGCUUUUGCAGCUGCUAAUGUAAGCUUGGGUGAGAACAAAGGUGGGGAGAGUAUCUCUUCCAUUAAAACGGCUCUUGAUUUUUACUUCCAAGAUGUUGAGGGAUGUCUACGUUUGGUACCGCUUGCGAUGGCCGUUAAAGAAUCAAAAGUGAGAGACCUUCCUACUGGUGAAGCAAAUCCACGGGGCUUCCACGGACUAUCUGGCGAGAUGGAAAGUCCCUGUGUGUAG